CUUAUUAUGGCUUAGUCCUCGUCUCUCUUAUUGUCUCUUCAAGAAGCUCUCUCUCCCUUAUUUUUCGGUCUAAUUUGUGAAUAAUCUCUUUCUUAUAGUCUUAUUCUUAUCUGUGUGAAGAAGCUCUAUUCUCUUAUUAUUCAGUCUCAUCUAUAAAGAAGCAUUAGAAGAAUCUCACUCUCUCUUGUCUUCCUUCUUAUUUUGAUCUGUGAAGAAGCUCUCUUCAGUCUUAACUGUGAAGAAGUACUUGUGACGAGGGCUCUCUCUCUCUCUCUCUCUAUUCAGUCUUACUGUUAAAAAAUAUUUACUCUCUCAUGGAAGCAAGACAUGGAAAUGCGACAGGAGACGUGAGCUGCGGCGAGCCAAAACGCAUUGUGAUGCUGCCAUUCCUAGCCCGGGGUCACCUCAUCCACUUCGUCGCUCUAGCUGAGCUUCUUGCUGCCCGCACUCCGUUUGCCAUCACCCUGGUCAGCACCCCGAAGAACGCCCAAAUGAUGCGCUCCAUUCUCGACACUGCCACUGCGGCUGCCAUCACCGUAGUGGAGCUCCCCUUUUGCAGCACUGACCAUGGCCUGCCCGACGGCGUCGAGAGCAGCGAUGCGGUUCCUCCGGCCCUCACCCUCCAUGUCUUCCACGCCUCUGAGUCCCUACAGCCUGCCUUCGAGCGCCUCAUCUCCGAAGGCCCGUCCCCUGUCUGCGUCAUCGGCGACAUCUUUACUGGCUGGACCAUAGGCGUGGCUGAGAAGCUCGGUGUGAAACAUGUCACCUUCUUGAAGAGCAGCGCAUUCGGGGAUCUGGCGGCAGGGACAAUGUGGCAUCACUUGCCGCACCGGAAGACAGACUCCAACGAGUUCGAGCUGCCCGGCUUGCCUGGCCUGAAGCUCCAACGCUCCCAAUUGACAGCCGCCUUGAAAGCGGCGGAUGGUACCGAUCCUUUCUCAGCAUUCGUGAGAAAGAAUGUACUAACUUCCCUUCGAUCGAAGAUCAUGAUCUGCGACACAGUAGAGGAGCUGGAGCCGAAGGGCAUCCAGCAACUGCGGGACGCAUCGGUCGGGUCGGUUGUUUUUGCAAUGGGCCCAAUUAUGAGGCGUCCCUCCUUGGCCCACUGGGGCAGAGAUUUUGGAAUCACUCCAGAGCGUUGCAGCGAGUGGCUAGACCUCCAUGAGCCACGAGCCGUGCUGUUCGUGUGCUUUAGCGCGCAUAACAAGGUUUCUGCGUGGCAGAUGAAGGAGCUGGCGCUGGGGCUCGAGGCCAGCGGUCACGUCUUCAUAUGGGCGGUGACGCCCUCACGAGAGAAUGCCGGCGCUGUGGAAUUCAGCUCAGAGUCGCUGCCAGAAGGGUUUGAGGCGCGCGUCUCGGGCCGCAAGCAGGGGCUCGUGGUGCGGGGGUGGGUGCCCCAGCACACCAUCCUGUCGCACCCAGCGACAGGAGCGUUCCUGAACCACUGCGGGUGGCACUCGGUGCUCGAGAGCCUGCGCCAAGGGGUCCCAAUCAUCGGAUGGCCCAUGGGGGCCGAUCAGUUUUACAUCUCGAAGGAGCUGGAGGAGGAGCUGGGGGUGGGCCUGGAGCUUACCCGAGGGCAAGAGGCCGGAGUGGGGAGGGAGGUGGUGGCACGAGUGGUUGGAGAGGUGAUGGGUGGGAAGAAGGGAGAGGAGCUGAGGAAGCGAGCGGCCACGGCGAGUGAGGCAUUGAGAACGGCGGCGGAGGAUGGUGGCUCUUCGCUUAGAGCGGUGGAGGAAUUUGCCAAGACUCUGGUUGAAGGUAUGGCCUGUUGAACGCUCUACUAUUGAAUGUAAUAGUGUUUCAAAACACGAAUGUGGACCGGGUCUCUUCUCUACAAAUCUAUGUAAUGUAAGAUCCGGUCGAAAUCGAGUUUGGAUC